AAAGCUUUUCCAGUGCUAAGCUGAGUUUAUCAAAGAGCACUAAGUCGUAGCUAUGAUUACAUCGUAUUUUCCAAAAUCUGUGGCACUUUUUGCUCUCUGUGUCCUGAGCGCUGGCGCGCUGGACACCUUUACCGCUGCAGUGUAUGAGCAUGCUGUUAUAUUACCAAACAGGACAGAAGCACCUGUUUCAAAGGGAGAAGCUGUGCUCCUGAUGAACAAGAAUAUAGAUGUUCUAGAAAAAGCAGUUAAACUGGCAGCCAGGCAGGGUGCUCAUAUCAUUGUGACCCCAGAAGACGGAAUUUAUGGCUGGGUCUUCACAAGGGAGACCAUUUACCCCUAUCUGGAGGAUAUCCCACACCCAGAAGUAAACUGGAUUCCAUGUAAAGACCCUCAGAGGAAUCACUAAAAUAUAGUAAGUUUAAAGCAACGUCUAUUGAAUUAGGUUCGGCUAUGCCCCAGUGCAAGAAAGACUCAGCUGCCUGGCCAAGGACAAUUCUAUCUACGUCGUGGCAAAUAUUGGGGACAAGAAGCCAUGCAAUGCCAGUGACCCUAAGUGUCCCCCUGAUGGUCGUUACCAAUACAACACUGAUGUGGUGUUUGAUUCUGAGGGUAGGCUGGUGGCCCGGUACCAUAAGUACAAUCUUUUUGCCCCUGAAAUUCAAUUUGAUUUUCCCAAGGAUUCUGAAUUUGUGACUUUUGACACUCCCUUCGGGAAGUUUGGCGUUUUCACCUGCUUUGACAUUUUUUCGCACGCCCCGGCUGUGGUGGUGGUGGAUAAGCUUCAAGUGGACAGUGUCCUGUACCCCGCGGCGUGGCACAACACGCUGCCCCUCCUCUCAGCUGUCCCUUUCCAUUCGGCAUGGGCCAGAGCCAUGGGCGUCAACCUGCUCGCAGCAAACACCCACAACACCAGCAUGCAUAUGACAGGGAGUGGAAUCUAUGCCCCAGAAGCGGUCAAGGUGUAUUACUAUGACAUGGAAACGGAGAGUGGCCAGCUGAUGCUCUCCGAAUUGAAGUCUCGGCCUCGAAGUGAGCCCACCUACCCAGCACCUGUUGACUGGAGUGCUUAUGCCAAAGGUAUCGAGCCAUUCUCAUCGGAGCAGUUGGAUUUUCCAGGGAUGAUUUAUUUUGAUGAGUUCACCUUCACCGAGCUUAAGAGAAAUGCAGGAAAUUACACAGUUUGCCAGAAAGACCUGUGUUGUCACUUAACUUACGAGAUGUCUGAGAAGCGAAGAGAUGAGGUGUAUGCCUUAGGAGCUUUUGAUGGACUGCACACAGUAGAAGGCCAAUAUUACUUACAGAUAUGCACGUUACUGAAGUGCCAAACCACUGACCUGGGAACUUGUGGGGAGCCUGUGGGGUCGGCUUUUACCAAGUUUGAAGAAUUCGCUCUCAGUGGCACAUUUGGAACGAGUUAUGUCUUCCCACAGCUCAUUCUAAGUGGGAGUCAGCUUGCUCCUGAAAGACAUUAUGAGGUUUCAAGAGAUGGACGUCUGAAGAGCAGAAGUGGAGCCUCUUUGCCCAUCUUAGUUACGGCUCUGUAUGGAAGAGUGUUCGAGAAGGACCCUCCACGCUUAGGGCAGGGACCAGGGAAAUUACAAUGAUCCUUUUUUACACGCCCCCUUUCAGGAUUAGCCUGGCAAAGACGGAGAAAAAAAGAGAGGCCUUAAUGUGUGUUUGUAAGGGAUGUCAAUAAAUUUGCUGAAACAA